AUGGCGCCCUCGCGAGUUGAGAGCAUCUCGUUCACAUCGUUCUACAAUGUCGUCAAUGGCGAGUUGCGCUCUUCCAAGACUCAAUACCACGCCAUUGACCCAACCAACAAGCAGCCAAAUUGGCCUGUGCCAGUGGCCUCGCCUCAAGACAUAGAGGACGCCGUGGCCGCUGCUAAUACUGCCUAUGCAGAAUGGAGAACCACCAGCUGGGAAUAUCGCGUGGAAUGUAUUGCUCGAUUUAAAGAGGCAAUCGAGGCCUACCAGGAGGAUCUCAUCGGGCUCUUGCUCAAGGAGACUGGCAAACCUCCAAUCUUCGCUGCCAAUGAGGUGAAGCGGAUGUCUAACAGCUUCGAUUGGCACAUGAAGCUCAAGGAACCUCAAGGUGAAGUGCUGGAAUUAGGCAAAAGACACGUUAGACACAAAUAUGUGCCCUUGGGUGUCGCCGUGGCCAUCUGUCCGUGGAAUUUCCCUUUCAUGCUGAGUCUGGCAAAGAUACUGCCCGCCGUGCAGAUGGGAAACGCCGUGAUCGUCAAGCCGAGUCCAUUCACACCAUAUACCGCACUGAAAAUCUCUGAGAUUGCCAAUCAGGUCUUCCCACCAGGCCUUGUACAAGCCCUGGGAGGCGACGACACACUCGGCCCAGCUUUGGUGGACCACCCGAACGUUCACAAGAUCAGUUUUACCGGAUCUAUUCCCACCGGCAAGCGUAUCAUGGCUUCUGCAGCACGGACACUCAAACGAGUGACGUUGGAGUUGGGCGGCAACGACCCUGCUAUCGUGCUUCCAGAUGCCGACGUCACGAAAGUCGCGCCGUUAGUGGCUAUGGGCGCCUUCUAUAAUACAGGACAGGUGUGUGUGGCUUCGAAGCGAAUCUACGUUCAUUCCUCGCUUUACAACGACUUCCUCGAUGCCCUCAUCGACGCUACCAAGAGGCUCGAAUUCGGGCCGAUUCAAAACGAGUUCCAGUAUGAGAAGGUCAAGGAGUUCUUCCAGGAUGCCGCAAAUAAAGGCUAUAGAUUCGCGCUGGGGUCCGGCGACGUGAGGAAGUCGUCCGGAUUCUAUAUUGCUCCCACCAUCAUCGACAACCCACCUGAUGAUAGUAGGGUUGUGCAGGAGGAGCCAUUUGGGCCGAUUAUACCUGUCCAAUCCUAUAACGAUGUUGAUGAAGUUAUUCAUCGGGCCAAUGACUCCAAGGCCGGUCUAGGCGCGACGGUGUUUGGAACUGAUGAUAAGCUCCUUCAAGAGGUUGCCGAUAGACUGGAGUGUGGGAGUGUUUGGAUCAACAGCUCCCCAGGUGUCACACCAGAGGUCCAAUUUGGAGGAAUGAAAGAGAGCGGCAUCGGGACUGAAUUCGGUACACUAGGGAUCCUCGCCUAUGCCAACAUCAAAGCCAUCUCCAUGACUCGGGUUUGA